CUCUGUACCUGUUCAGUUAGAGACAUCACAGAUUUGGCAUUUUUUGUCACAUUUGAAGCAGGCUAGAAAAUGCUUGACAAGAUCUACCAUUGCAAAUAAUUUCAAAAUGGAUUGCAAGGAUAAGGAUGCGUUGCAAUUGGAGAGUAAAAGCAAUAUUCCGAAGCUUUCAUUUGGAGCCGGAGGGGCAAAAACACACCGAAAGAGAUUCAAUCAAGAUACCCUCGUUCCUGUCGUUCGUCAGUCACCGUCUGAUCUAUUGCGCGUGAUUCCUAUUUUAGGAGAUUACAUUACACGCAAUAAUUACGAUGGAAACAUGCGUGGGUGA